AUGGAGGGCGCAGCGGAUUCCUGGGAGCAGCGGCGCGCCAGGCUGAGGCAGAGCCACCGCUGGCAAACGCAGGUCCCCGAGGACGAGGCGGCCGCGGCCGGGCUGGAUGACCCCGGGCCCGGGCCUUCUCGCCUGGAUGACGUUUUCCACGGCGGGAAUCCACUCAAUAAGAUUGAAGACUGGCUGCAGGACUGUGGAAACUCUGAAGAAGGGUUUUUUGAGGACGCAGGACAGUCGCUCUACAGUGGGUGCCCCAGCCACGGGACCAGCUUUGAAGAUGACUUGACGCUUGGAGCAGAGGCCACCCUGCUGGCCGCCAAUGGCAAACUCUUCUCCAGGGCCUUCCUGGACACAGCCCGGCCUUGCCCACUGCUGGACCUGGGCUGCAGCUUAGCGUCCAGCGGCAUGACUGGUGGGACCCACGAGACUAGUUCCAGCAUCUCAGAGAUUCUGGACAAAGUGCAAGAAGAUGCAGAAGAUGUCCUCUUCCGCCUGGGCUUUGGUCAGCAGGACCAUCAGGACACUUCUCGAAUUCCUGCCCGGUUUUUUACCGCCCCGUCCCGGGCCAAAGGCAUUGAUUUUCAGCGCUUCCUGAAGGCCCAGAUGCAGAGGCUCGAGAUGGAGGACCCCUGUCUCAUGCUGGCCAGUCGGUUUAAACAGGUGCAAACACUGGCUGUCACUGCUGAUGCCUUCUUCUGUCUCUACUCCUACGUGUCUAAGAUACCUUUUCAAAAGUUCACACCAUCUCCCAUGUUCUGGAGGUGCAACCUAACUGAGGUACCACCCGUAAGGAUCCUGGCCCCUGAACCUCACUCCCCCAGAGGCCGCCUCUAGAAAGCCCUCUCCAAGAUGUGCCUGUAUACCUGCCCCUGAGAGCGGUUCUCACCACCCCAUGGGGACCGUUUGGACCAGGCGGUGUGGGAAGUGAUGAACAGAGUGAGAGGGGAGAAAAUGGUCCUUCAGAAAGGCCCUGGAGUCGGACCCAGGCCCCAGGAAGUUCCUGUGGCUCCCAUGAUGGGGACAAAGCUUUCCACUUCUUCCAACCCAUGUGUCCUCUGCCCGAAGGUGGGGAACCUGCAGGGGACAUCCACGGAGCGAGCGCCACCUCAAAUUCUGGAUUCUGAUCCUGAGGUCCCCUGUUGCACACAGUUUCUGCCCAGAGCAGACGGGCAGUGGAACCCAGACUCUGCAUGGGCGCAGAGAGACCUGUGGGGUUCCCAGGUCACUGGUGAGGAAGACCAACUCAUCAAGGACGAAACAUGCUGGCGAGGGAGGAGCAGAGCCAGAAAGCGCCUGUUUCAGAGGACGCCCAUGGAUGACAAGAGGGAGUUGCUGCACCUGUCUGUCAUCAAACAGAAAUGGAAGCAGAGCCCAGAGAGACAAGAUCAGCCCCAACCUCUGACCCAGCAGCUGCAGGACACUUGUGACUUGGAGGCGCCACGGCACCAGCUCUGAGAGCAACGGAUUCACAGAAGAGCUUCAUUCCCGCUCCUGCCUGCAGGAGGUUGCACCGAACCCUAAAUCCAGCUCUUGGCCUCUGGACUGAGUAGCAGGAGGAAGCCCGUCGCGCUAGAAAGACGCCAGACCAGGGACU